AUGGCAGCCAAGAAGACCACCACUGCACCUGCACCGGGCGCGACAGGAACGACCACGAGCAACAUCGUCACAUCCGCCUCCUCAGCGCCCACCUCGUCUAAGAAGACGGGCAGCUCGCAGCCAUGGAAUACCGUUUUGCUGAAUGUCGUCGAUUAUUACGAGGAUAACACGCCCCAGCGGACAAAGCUCAUUGAUGUUUUCAUGGCAUUCCUGGUGGUUGUUGGUGGAUUGCAAUUCUUGUACUGCGUUCUAGCGGGUAACUACCCUUUCAAUGCUUUCCUGUCUGGAUUUUCCGCCACCGUUGGCCAAUUUGUCCUCACUGCAUCGCUGCGCAUCCAGACCACCGAGUCCAACAAGUCCGAUUUCCCAUCCGUCUCGCCCGAGAGAGCAUUUGCCGAUUAUGUGGUGGGAAGCCUGAUUUUACACUUCUUCUGCAUCAACUUCAUAAACUGA